AUGACAGCAGGAGCGGAUGCAUUAUUCAGAGUGUGGAUGAGAACGGAGCAGCUGGAAGGGACUGUCGGAUUGCAGCGGGACACCGGCUGCUCACAGUGGAUGAUGAGAUGGUGCUGGGACUCUCUGUGGAAAAGGUGACGUCACUCCUCCAGAAACCCCAGCAAUCCGUGAAACUCACCAUCUGCACUGACUCCGCCUCCCAACCCUCCUCAUCCAAUCAGAUUUGCUCUGGAUCAGAUUCUGGAAGCAGCCUGCCGCUGGUGUCUCUGACAUCAUCAGAGACAGAGCCAAUCAGGAAUUCGAGCAGAUGCUCCACACCGGCGACACUGGCGUCUGAUCCGGCGACGUGUCCCAUCAUCCCCGGCUGUGAGACCACUAUAGAGAUCAGCAAGGGCAGAACAGGACUGGGGCUGAGCAUCGUGGGCGGCUGUGACACGCUGCUGGGCACUAUUAUAAUUCACGAGGUGUACGAGGAGGGAGCUGCGUCUAAAGACGGCCGACUGUGGGCAGGAGAUCAGAUUCUGGAGGUGAGCGGUGUAGAUCUGCGCGUGGCGACGCACGACGAGGCCAUCAAUGUUUUGCGGCAGACUCCGCAGCGCGUUCGUCUGGCGGUCUUCAGAGACGAGGGUCAGUAUAAGGAGGAGGAGCUGUGGGACUCGCUGAGCGUCGAGCUUCAGAAGAAACCAGGCCAUGGCCUCGGACUCAGCGUCAUCGGGAGAAGGAGCGACACAGGGGUGUUUGUGUCGGACAUUGUGAAGGGUGGAGCGGUGGAGACUGACGGAAGGCUGAUGCAGGGAGAUCAGAUCCUCUCGGUUAACGGCGAGGACGUUCGCUCAGCCACUCAAGAGUAUGUGGCUGCGCUGCUCAAGAGUUGUGCUGGUCCAAUCCGAUUGGAUGUGGGUCGUUUUAAGGCGGGGCCAUUCCACUCUGAGCGCCGUCUGUCCCAGAGCAGUCAGGUCAGACACAGAAACAGUUAA